AUGGAAGAAGUCGAUGAUCGUACGUACAGGAUAUACUCCGAUGGAGUAUUCGACAUGUUGCAUCUGGGUCAAAUGAGGCAAUUGGAACAGGCCAAGAAGAUGUUCAAGAAUGUGACAUUAGUGGUGGGAGUAACAGAUGACGAUGAGACGGUCCAGCUCAAGGGUCAGGUCGUAAAUAACAUAUCAGAAAGGGUCGAGAUGCUUAGGCACAUCAAGUGGGUUGAUGAAAUCAUUGCCCCUUGUCCAUGGGUCAUCACAAGGGAACACAUGGAAAAACAUAAAAUAGACUAUGUGGCGCAUGAUGAUCUUCCUUACACGAGCUGUCAAAAAAAAUCGCUCACGUCAGAAGACGAAGAACAGGAUAUCUAUCGGUGGCUCAAAGAUGAAGGACUGUUUAAAGCCACACAGCGUACAAAGGGCAUUAGUACCACGGAAUGUGUUGCAAGAAUUCUUCAAAACUAUGAAGACUAUAUUGACAGAUCCCUGGAAACUGGGAUGAAACCUUCCGAUUUGAACAUUGGUAUAACUACAGCAAAAUCUAUUGCUAUUAAAAAAAGGCUCCACAGGCUUGUAGAUAAGCUCAGCGAAUUAAUCACAAAAUGUACACUCACAGAUGAGCCUCUAGGUUCUGGAUUCGAAAUUCGUUUGCAAAACAUAAAGAGUGCUUUGUUUGGUGCCGUAUCGCAGUGGUCGAGUAGGUACAACUCGGCGUUGAAGUCCUUUGUUGGUAUGGAUGAUGCUUCUGAUAUCUCAGAUUCCCCGGAAUAUACAUGGUAUUAUGACUCUGACGAUUCUUCAAAUGAACCCUCAUUACCCAUCGCUGCUUCUCUAGAGUCCUCAACCACAGUGCAUACAUGUGAAUCAAUAGUACCUGUAGAAUCUACGCAAUCUAUUGAUGAUGCAACCGAAUUUGCCAGGUCUUGUGUAUGCAUCUACACUUUUGGUGUAUUCGAUUUAUUGCAUUAUGGACAUGCAAGACACUUUGAAUAUAUAAAAGGACUAUUUCCAAAUUCUAAGCUUAUCGUUGGUGUAUCUAGCGACGAAAACUCAAUCACGUACAAGGGGAGACUCAUACAAAAGUUAAAGGAUAGAGCAGCUACACUUUCACACAUUAAAUGGAUUGACCAAAUUUUAGCACCGUGUCCAUGGACCGUCACACGAGAAUUUGUAGAAGAGCAUGGAAUCACCUAUGUUGUUAAUAGUAAAGACUUUAAGGAUUAUGCCGACGCGGAGACUUUAAAAUGGCUCAAGGAAUCUGAUAAACUUAUUGACGUCCCAAAAACACCAGGAAUCAGCACAUCCAAUAUAAUGUUGAGGAUUUUGAAAAAUUAUGAACUAUAUAUUCAGAGAUCCUUGGAUAGAGGAGUGUGCAGAGAAGAUUUAAAUUUGGGAUAUGCAGCGGCAAGUUCAUUUAGGGUCAAAAUCUCCAUCAGAAACUGGCAAAAGAAGCUUUACGAAGAAAUUUACAAGGUAACACUCACGGAUCAUCAUGUAGGUCACGAAUUUGAUAGAAAUUUAGAUCUAUUGAUAAACAAGGUGAUUUACGUCAUGGACACUUGGAGGAGAGACUACAAACAGCUUAUCUCUGAUUUUAUAAAUUACAUUAGGGGAUAA